CCAGCGGCGUCCUGAAAGGCUUCGACCCGCUGCUCAACCUGGUGCUGGACGGCACCGUCGAGUACAUGAGAGAUCCAGAUGACCAGUACAAACUCACCGAAGACACCCGCCAGCUGGGACUGGUGGUCUGCAGAGGGACCUCCGUGGUCCUCAUCUGCCCACAGGACGGCAUGGAAGCCAUCCCCAACCCCUUCAUUCAACAGCAAGAUGGCUGAACCGGUGCGGACUUUAGGAGGAGCGGAAUGCAGUCUCUGGAAAGGAGCCUCGUUUGCAAGAGAAAAUAUUUUUUUAUGCUCUUUUUGUAUAGGAUUUUCCCCCCCUUUAUUUUGUGUGACACUGUAUGCGGGCCAGGACAUAGUCUUACACCGAGGUGAUGUCUUUUUGUCUGCAGCUGUUUUGGACCAUCUUUCUGCUGUAAACAAAAGAAAAUUGGAAGGUUUGGUAAAAUACGCCCGAUUAUUCUUGUUGGUUCUUGUUCCUUCAAUCGCUGGAUAAACAAUGCAGUUUGGUCCUUGGUUUGUGUCCUGUGUCCUCCGGCCUUCGUCUUUGCUGAUAACUCUGUGCUGUUUUCUCAGGAAGGCAUCCAGGACAAGUGAAUGGCAGCCGCGUGAACACUUAGUUAUAAAAAAAAGGUGACAAAAUUUGUGUAAUUUGUCAGCAUUCGUCUUCCUUUUCAUUCCUCACUGAAGGAGGAGAGUUUUCGAGUUGACAAAUAAUAAAACACCUCCUGAAUCUUCUCACAAGUUG